AUGCAACGUGGUUCCAAAAGAACACUUUCAUCCAAUCGUGAAGGGAAGAAAGAAAGAGAAACAGAAUCUGAACCUUCUAAAGUCAUGUCACUGUUCCAAUCCCUGCAGUCAUUGCUUGAUCAGCCGGGAAUUCCCUGGAAAACCAUUGUAUUGGGAUUUUCAAUUGGACAAUUCGCAUUUGAAACAUAUUUGACCUACCGUCAAUAUAAAGUUCUUUGCGAAAAGAAAUUACCAGUUGCCUUAGAAAAUGAAAUUGAUAAAGAAACUUUUGAAAAAUCUGAAGAAUACUCUAUUGCAAAGGCUAAAUUUUCCGUGUUCUCUGAUGUCUUUGGAUUGAUCCAGCAAAUUGCUAUGAUCAAAUACGAUCUGUUGCCUCGUUUAUGGCAUUUGGGUAACAAAGUGGCUUUGAUCUUACCUUCCAGAUUUAGGGUAGUCUCCACUGUGGCUCAAAGUUUAUGGUUCUUAUGUGUUUUGUCCAAUCUGUCCACCAUUGUCGGUUUACCAUUGAGUUAUUACCAACAUUUUGUGUUAGAAGAAAAAUUUGGUUUUAAUAAAUUGACUAUUAAGUUAUGGGUUAUUGAUAUGUUGAAAGGUACAUUCUUAGGUGCAGCCAUCGGUGGACCAGUAUUGUAUCUAUUCUUGAAGAUUUUUGAAAAAUUUCAAACUAAUUUCAUUUGGUACAUUUGUCUUUUCCUUUUAGUCAUUCAAGUGUUAGCCAUUACUAUUAUCCCUGUUUUCAUUAUGCCUUGGUUUAAUACUUUUACUCCAUUGGAAGAUGGCGAAUUAAAGGAAUCCAUUGAAGCAUUAGCCAAAAGAGUUGAAUUCCCAUUAGAUAAGGUCUUGGUUAUUGAUGGUUCCAAGAGAUCCUCUCAUUCGAACGCUUAUUUUACUGGUUUACCCUUCACAAGUAAGCGUAUCGUUCUUUUUGAUACAUUGAUUAACACUAGUACCGUUGAGGAAAUAACUGCUGUUUUGGCUCAUGAAAUUGGCCAUUGGAAGAAAAAUCACAUUUUGAACAUGCUUUUCUACAGUCAAAUUCACACUUUAAUGAUCUUUUCAUUAUUUACUACUGUCUACCGUAAUCUUUCAUUCUAUAAUGCCUUUGGAUUCUUCAUUGGAGAUUCAGAAACAUUGGAUAUAGUGAGCUCCUCCACAACAGUGUUAGUUGAUAGUUUCCCAAUUAUUGUAGGAUUCAUGUUCUUCAAUGAUUUAUUAACCCCAUUAGAGUGUGGUAUGCAAUUCUUGAUGAGUUUAAUUUCGAGAUUACAUGAAUAUCAAGCCGAUGCAUAUGCAAAGGGUUUGGGUUACACUGAGAAGUUAUGCCGCGCAUUAAUUGUUUUGCAGAUUAAGAAUUUGUCCACUAUGAAUGUGGACCCUUGGUAUUCAGCAUACCAUUAUUCGCAUCCAACAUUGGCUGAAAGAUUGACCGCGUUGGAAUACGUCAACGAGAAGAAGAAAGAAUGA